AACAACCAGGCUCAACAUAUUGUUUGGAGAUAGCCCAGUCUGCCAUCUUUGCCCUCUCGCCAAAUCUCCCUAGUCGCCUAUCACAAAUCACCUAGAUUCACUACAAGCGACUUGCUGCCCGACAACAACAACAAAGGCACGAGCGACGGCCAAGAUGGUCAAGGACACAGCAUACUAUGACGCGCUAGAAGUGCCGCCCACUGCCACCGACGUCGAGAUCAAAAAGGCAUACCGCAAGCUGGCCAUCCGCCUGCAUCCCGAUAAGAACCCCGGUGAUGAGACUGCGAGUGCGAAGUUCCAGGAAAUUGGCGAGGCAUAUCAAGUUCUCAGCGACGAGAAGCUUCGCAAGCAAUAUGACGACUACGGCAAGGAGGGCGCCAUGCCCAACACAGGCUUUGAGGAUCCGUCCGAGAUGUUCAACGAAAUCUUUGGUGGUCACGCCUUUGCAGACUGGAUUGGCGAGAUCUCCAUGGUCCGCGACAUGGAGAAAUCUAUGGAAAUCACCAUGCGACACGAGGAAGAGAACGCUGCCGCCGAGGCCGAAGCCGAGGCCGCUGCCGCUACUGUCGACGAGAAGAAAGCAAGCAUGGAGAAGGUCACUCACGAAUCCGCUGCCCAGUCCCACGCCGGUGCUGCUGCCGAUCUGAAGGAGGGUAUGGAUAAGAUGAAUCUUUCUGAGGAGGCGCCAGCACCACCCGCCUACUCGCAGGAUAGACCAAAGGGCGUCCCUACACGUCUCGCCCUCACUGAUCGUGCCGAAGAGGAGGCCCGCAUGGAGGCUGCUGGUGUGACCGAGGCAGAGAAGAGUCUACGCGCAAAAGAGAAGAAGAAGGGCGGUCUCACCAAGGAGCAAAAGGAGGAACUCGCUGCCUUCGAGGCAGAGCGUGACCGUGCUCGUGAAGAGCGUAUCGAGGAACUCUCCAAGAAGCUCAUCAACCGCGUUAGCGUGUGGACCGAGACCGACAAGGGCAAGGACGUCACUUCCUCCUUCCGCAAGAAGAUGGAACAAGAAGUCGAGAACCUUAAGAUGGAAUCCUUCGGUCUGGAGAUUCUACACGCCAUCGGCCAGACAUAUACCCAGAAAGCCGCUACCUUCAUUAAGAGUCAGAAGCCCAUUAUUGGCGGCGUCUCUGGCUUCUUCUCACGACUGAAGGACAAGGGCUCGCUCGUCAAGGAGACUUGGGGCACAGUUAGUACCGCCAUCAGUGCGCAGAUGGAGAUUGAAGAGAUGGCUCGCGCAGAAGAACGUGGAGGCGAAGACUGGACAGACGAGAAGAAGGCCGACUUCGAGCGUCGCGUGACAGGUAAGAUCUUGGCCGCCGCAUGGCGAGGUUCCAAGUUCGAGAUUCAGAGCGUCCUCCGCGACGUCUGCGACAAGGUACUCUACGACAAAACAGUCAAGGUCGACAAGCGUGUUGAGCGCGCCCACGCCCUCCUCGUUAUCGGAGAAGUCUUUGCCAAAGCCGCACGCAGCGCCGAUGAAGAAGGCGACCACCUUGCCUUUGAACAACUCAUGGCCGAAGCCGCCCAGAAGAAGGAGAAAAAGAAGAAGGACAAGGACCAACCCAAGGCUUAGAAUCCUCGUCAAGGUCGUCGUCCUCCUCGUCAUACUUGUCCUCCCCCUGCCCACAUCACCUUUUAUUCCCCCACAUGUGCUCAAGGUCGGACUCUCCAAAUCUGUUCUGCAGUUCAUUGUUAUGUGCUUCAACCACUUCUCGUACUUCCACGGGCUGCUUGUCCUCGGGUUGCUUGAAAGUUUCCGUUGCGUUGUGGCAUAUGCAACGUGUUGGUCGGGCUCCUGCUUUUAUACUACAGCGUUUGUUUAUAGCAUCAUUUCUCGUCCUAAGAUACACCGGCGUUGUGGAAUAUACCUGAUCCC